AUGACUCGACCCAGAGGUCGGUUGGUCGGCGUGAUGGGUCGUCUGGAUUUCGCAUCAUUAGAUCUGUACGUCGGGUUGGCGGAUCGUUUCGCUUUUUUGUCCGUCUCACCUCUUGUCCGGCUCACCAGUGGCUGUGUUUGGCCUCGAGUCCGAGAGCGGGUUCCGGCCGGACUAGAUAAAGUCAAAGAUAUCUGGAGCUGUCGUAUGUCAUUUUUGACAAGCGAGCUGAAUGUGAUCAACUUUGAGUGA